AUGGAGGAAAAAGACAAUCGCAGCAAAGCAAGAAAGGGAUAUGGAAGCGGACACUCAAGACAAAGACAUAAAUUUACCAAAGAAGAACUGAAGAGACUUAAACAAGAAUUUGAAUGCACUCCUUAUCCAGAUUUCACAACCAAGGACGAGCUGGCACAGCAGUUUCAAUGUGACAUGAGCGUGAUUUAUAACUGGUUUCAGAAUAAAAGAGCCAGGUUGCCACUAGAAUUGAAAGACAAGAUUUCUGCCAUGAGAAGAAUGUCCAAGUGCCAAGACUCCAUGCUUACAGGUCACCAGGAUACCCAGAUCCAGGAAGCUUCAGGUGAACGCUACAGCUCAUUUGACCCUGUGGCCCAAAGCACUGGAAUGGGAUCAAUUGGCACUGUGGCGUAUCAAGAGGCCACUGGAAGUGGAUUUUCUUUCAACAGACCAAUGAAUUUUACCCUUCCCCCUGUGUCCGAGCAGUAUUAUAUGGGUGGCCAGCCUGAGACCCAGGAAAGCCAAUAUUCCGCGUUCUCUCGUGCUGACUAUGUUCCUUGUAUGCAGGGGCAAAGGCAGAUGGAUUGUAACUAUUCCCCAAUGCUCCCAGGACAGCAGCAGAAUACCUGGAAAUCCCAGCAACCACUGCAGCAUCCUCAGAGCUACCAAGGGAGUGCAAACUGGUUCAUAGUGCACCAGAGUCAGAGAGACUUAGGGCAGCAGGUGUCCUCCUUACCCUUAGAUCAUCAGGAGCAAUUUGAUCCAAGUAAUGGAGAUGUGGCAGGCUCUUGGAUGCUCCUUUGCCAGCAGCAGUCAAUGUUCCACCAAAUGCCUCUUUGGCUACAUGGGCAGCAAGGGACAGCUGACGGCUGUACUCCUCAGGAGAGCAGCAGUCCUGUCAAAACACACCCAGCCAACAAUUCACAAGCUUCAGGAACUUAGAAAGCAGCAGGGGGAGGCUAAGGUAGAGAUCAAGAGGGAGGUUUUUAAGUGUGAGUUGUGACCUUGUCCUAGCUAUAAGCUUUUUUUUUCUUCCUCAAACUG